AUGGCCGGCCAGCAGGAGGCUCCGAUCUACCACCCCCAGGAUGCGCUCAACCGCGCCAUCAACACGACCAUGGUCACUGGCGGCGUCGGUCUCUUCACCUCCGCCGUCCAGAAUACCCUCCAGAAGCAGAACAUCGGCCCGUGGGGAGUCUUCACCCGGACAGGCAGCACGAUCGUCUUGUUUGCUGCCAUGGGAGGAUCCUACGAGUUUGUGAAGACUGCCUCUGCCAACCUGCGGGCAAAGGAAGACCACUGGAACUCGGUCUACGGAGGAUUCGCCGCCGGUUCUCUGGUAGGAUUCAGAGCUCGAACGUUCCCUGCCAUGAUCGGUUACGGAGUCGCCCUGGCUACACUUCUAGGUGUCUUUGAAUACAGCGGAGGAAGCAUAGGAGGCAAGAUUGCAGACCCUGACGUCGACGAGUACGACCGAAGAACCGCGCUCAGGAAGAACUUCCGAAGCCCCGUCGAGGAGACACUUGCAGAGCUGGGUGAGCGAAGAGGACUGGAGGGACCCGGCUUCGCAGAGAGACGACGAGAGAGGAUAAAACAGAACUACGGGAUUGAUGUCCCCGUCACCCAAGCAUCCGCCGCCCCGACUCCUCUCUCGUAG